UUUACAUCGGUGGUUUGUGGUUUGCAGCCAACUUCCUGGUUUUUUGUUGUUAAUAAUUAUCGAACUAACGAAACUAAGAUAAAUUGGUACUUAUCCAUUUGGAAAAUAGAGAGAAAGAAUAUUCUAACUCAAAACAUGAUAAUCAUCACUGAAGAACAGGUGUCCGAUUUACUGAACUGGAACGAUACUUUCCGCGCGGUGGAAACCGCCAUGUUGAGAGUUUCGCAGGGGCGGGUAGUUCAAAAAGCGCGGGUCAACACCGAACUAUUGAACUCCGACAAUUUGUUACUGACCAUGCCUGGAUAUUUGGAAGACAAAACGUACGGCGCUUUGGCCUGCAAAUUAGUGACUAUGUUUAAAAGCAAUGCCGAUAUGGAGAAACCCCUUCCGACUAUCAACGCAAACAUUAUGAUUUUUGACGAAACCACCGGAAUUUUAAAAGCUAGUAUUGGGGGCACACAAAUAACAAAGUGGAGAACAGCAGCAGCUUCAGCGGUUGCUACUAAACAUAUUUUCAGCAAAAAUAAUAAAAAGUGUAACGUUCUAGCCAUUCUCGGGUAUGGGGCUCAAGGGAGGGUACACGCUGAGGCGUUUUACAAUUUUUUUAAUUUCAAAGAAAUUCGCAUUUGGGGCCGCAGCGUCGAGAAAGCAAGACUACUGGUGGACGAACUUAAUAAAACACUGUCGACCGAGGCAUUCAGGGUGGCUGCCAGCGGCGAGGAAUGUGUAAGGGAAGCGGACGUCGUAAUAACUGCAACAUAUGCGACGGCGCCUAUUGUUCAAUUUGAAUGGGUAAAAGCCGGAGCUCACAUAAAUGCUGUAGGAUGUGGGACGAACCACUACAACGAACUGGACGAGCAACUUUACCUGAAUUCAGACGUCUACAUCGACUACUGGGCCGGAGCCCGCGAUUCCCUCUCCGGACUGGAAAAGCUGGGGGUGCACUUCCGCGGAGAAGUCGGGGAUGUCAUCGGGGGUGGGCUGCCGAUACCCGCCCCUGAUCGAAUCACCGUUUUCCAAAGCUUAGGGAUGGCUGUGGAGGAUGGGGCUAUGGCUCGUUUGGUCUUCGAUUUAUACCAAAAAAGGGAGACCGAAAAACAGAACGUCGUAUAAAUCUUAACUUGACAUAAUUUUCUUGAGUCGGACGAUUAUUUCGUCCUUCUUCGUAAACACAUUCCAAAUUUUUAUUAUACGCUCGUGACGACUUAGUGAUUUUGUUAUAACAUAGAUAUUUUUGUAGUAUUAAAAAAAACUAACACUG